CUUGUAGUUCUUGCUACCGGUGGUUGUUCCGCCAGAUCAUUCGCGGAGAACCCGCUGCGCUUCGUCUGCUUCAUGAUCUAUCCGAGAGCAAAAUCGAUCAACCGGGUCACAGCCACAGAUCUUGUCAACGUUCUCUGUUUCUGCGUACCUGCCCAACACUAUAGUCAUCUGGGUCGGGACAAAUCCAAGACCCCGAGGAACUCCGAGCGGCCUUCGGGAUCCUCUCGACACCGUCGGAAACCCGAUCCUUUUGUUACCAGAGUUAAGGAAGUCGAAGACCCAGAUGAGGCGCUGUCUCUUUUCCACGAGUAUCGCCGGAUGGGCUUCAGACACGACUACCCUUCGUAUUCUGCUCUCGUCUACAAGCUCGCUCGGUCUCGUCGUUUCGAAGCUGUUGAGGAGAUUUUGAGUGGCAUUGAAGAGAAUGAUGUCCGUUGCAGGGAGAGCCUCUUCAUAGCUUUGAUUCGGCACUACGGGAAAGUCCAUUUGGUGGACGAGGCUGUGCGGCUAUUCCAAAAUAUGACUUCUUUUAACUGUACCCGCACGUUACAGUCCUUCAAUACGAUUCUUAACGUCCUUGUGGAGAACGACAAGUUAUUGGACGCAGCUGAGUUACUCCAGCGUUCAUACAAAAUGGGUUUCCGGCCAAAUUCGGUUUCUUUCAAUGUAAUCAUUAAGGGAUGGCUUGAAAAAGGAGAGUGGGAGACUGCGUGCCAGGUGUUUGACGAAAUGCUAGAGAAGCAGGUUCAGCCCACGGUUGUAACGUACAACAGUCUGGUAGGAUUCUUGUGUAGAAAGGGUGAUGUUGAAAGAGCCAUGGGCCUUCUUGAAGACAUGACUCACAAAGGGAAAUACCCUAACGCCUCAACAUAUGCUUUGCUGAUGGAAGGUUUGUGUUUCUUAGGUAAGUAUGAGGAAGCUAAGAAACUUAUGUUUGAUAUGGAGUACAGAGGAUGUAAACCGGGGCCCGUAAAUUUUGGUGUUUUGAUGAGUGAUCUAGGAAAGAGAGGUGAGACUGACAAGGCAAAGGAAUUGCUCAAAGAGAUGAAGAGAAGGAAGUGUAAGCCAGAUGUUGUGUCCUACAAUAUAUUGGUCAAUUACUUAUGCAAGGAAAGUAAACCUGCUGAGGCAUAUAAACUUUUGGUUGAGAUGCAAAUUGAAGGCCGUGAGCCCAAUGCAGCUACGUAUCGCAUGAUGCUUGAUGGUUUUUGUAAGGUUGAGGAUUUUGAAGGAGGGUUGAAGGUGUUUAAUGCAAUGUUGACAGGCAAGCAUUGUCCUACGGCUGAUACUUAUUGCCGUUUAGUUGAAGGGUUGUUGAGGGGUGGAAAUACAGAUGAUGCAUGCUUUGUAGUUGAAGAAAUGGAGAGGAGAAAGAUUGGAGUUGAGCUGGAGUCUUGGGAGGUUCUAGCUAGGCGUGCUUGCGGGGCAGAUGGAGGUGCAAUGGAGCUUCUCACUGAAUUGUCUUUGUAGGCAUUCUAGUGCUCUGCCUUUACCAGAAUUAUGCAGCCAUGGGCACAAUGCCAAGCUUCCCUUCCUACUUCAGAAGUGACCGAGAGGCAUAUUUUUUACCGAGAGGCGAGCCGCAUAAUUGACUGUAAAACGGCUGUCCGAGCAGGAAUUUUCUUUGUGUUUAAACUCCAUUAGUUAUGCCCAUGGCUGAUUGGCAUAAGAAAUAUGGUGUUGCCUAUGUAUACUGCCUUUAUGUGCUGUGAGAAUUAUGGAAAUGGGGUUGAUUAUGCUCGAACAUAUGUAUUUUUUCAUGUUCAUGAUAGUAACAUUGCAUGGUGACGAUCUGACUAUGUGCGAACGCUGGUUUCGACUGUUCCUAUCAGCUAUAUACUGUGAAGUCGUCAUGUGGGUGACUCGUCUCUUGAACGUGGAGCAAUUCAUUUUGGAGUUAAGGUCCA